GAGCAGAGGCUAAUUCUCCUCUUCAAGAGAACUCUGCAUCCCUGAAUGAAGCUGAGACCUUGAACCCAGAAGCGACUCUAUCAUUGGAGGGGACCUUGAACCUAGAAGACAUUCUCUACCUGGAGGAUACAGGUGACCUUGAUGAGACACUCUCUGUAGAAGAGACUGAGCAGCCAGAGGAGACACUGUAUAUUGAGGAGACCAGGCAACCAGAGAUGCUAUAUGUGGAAGAGCCUGUGGAAGCAAAGGAGACACUGUACGUGGAGGAAACUGUGGAGCCAGAGGGGAUACAGCUUGCAAAAGAGCUUGCAGAGCCAGGAGAGCCAAGCCCAGAGCAGGUUGUUUAUGGGGAAGAGAUGAUCACAGGGGAGAAAUUGAACAUCGAGGAGACUCUCAGAGCUGAGCCAAGCCCCAGCACAGAGGAGAGCUUAAGCAUAGAGGACCUGGAAUUGCUAGAGGGGCGUUUCCAGCAAUGUGUCCAAGCUGUGGCCCAGCUGGAGGAAGAGAGGGAUCAGCUCAUCCAUGAGCUUGUGUUGCUCCGGGAACCAGCCCUGCAGGAGGUGCAACAAGUCCACCAGGACAUCCUGGCUGCCUACAAACUGCAUGCCCAAGCAGAGCUGGAGAGAGAUGGGAUACGGGAGGAGAUCCGGCUGGUCAAGCAGAAGCUGUUCAAGGUGACAAAGGAAUGUGUGGCCUACCAAUACCAGCUGGAGUGCCGCCAGCAGGAUGUGGCUCAGUUUGCUGAUUUCCGGGAAGUGCUGACUACGCGGGCAACCCAGCUCUCAGAGGAACUGGUCGGGCUCCGGGAUGCCUAUCAGAAGCAGAAGGAGCAGUUGCGACAACAACUAGAAGCACCCCCAAGCCAGAGGGAUGGGCACUUUCUCCAGGAGAGCCGGCGACUCUCUGCCCAGUUUGAAAAUCUAAUGGCAGAGAGCCGCCAGGGCCUGGAGGAGGAGUAUGAGCCACAGCUGCUACGGCUCCUGGAGAGAAAAGAAGCUGGGACCAAGGCUCUGCAGAAAACCCAGGCUGAGAUCCAGGAGAUGAAAGAGGCUCUGAGACCCCUGCAAGCAGAGGCCCAGCAGCUCCACCUGCAAAAUAGGAACCUGGAGGACCAGAUCACACUUGUGAGGCAGAAACGAGAUGAAGAGGUGCAGCAGUACAGGGAACAGCUGGAGGAAAUGGAAGAACGACAGAGGCAGUUAAGAAGUGGAGUACAACUCCAGCAACGGAAGAACAAAGAGAUGGAGCAGCUAAGGAUCAGUCUUGCUGAAGAGCUCUCAACAUAUAAGGCUAUGCUACCCAAGAGCCUGGAACAGUCUGAUGCUCCAAGUUCUCAGGCAGGUGGAAUCGAGACACAGUCUCAAGGAGCUGUUUAGAAAUGUAUGGACAAAUCUGUAAUCCAGAAACUACAAAGAAAACUUCUUAACAAUCACUAAGUACCCUUUGGAUAUACUUUUUUCCAAACAGAAAAAGGAAUGCCAGAGACUUGGCAAGCAAUCCAUGCCGUGAAAGUUGCAAACACUGGCUGACCCGCUUAAAGAGAGUCUAGAUUUGGCCAGAGGCAGAACAGCAGCCAAUUCUUAGAUGGAUUCUAUUUCAUCCACUGCUGGUACUGAUCUCAAUGCACCAAGGAAAGAAAAAAUGAGCCUCCUAUAUUCCAGCAGCAACUUUUACAUACACGCUGAGUAAAGGAUAACUGUAUGGACACAUCUUGCAGUAUUAUGAAGAAUGUAUCUUUUCUUGUUGACCCAAACCAAAACAUUUUUUGGGGGGGGCCAAAGGUGGGAUAAAAAAGACAGCAGGUUUUGAUUACAUGGGUUUACAAUUUGCAUUCUUUUGUGCUGAGUGUUAGAUUUUUACAUGAAUUCUUUUACAAUAUUUACUUUUUCUAAAAGGCUACGUUGACUCAUAUAGUUUACUCUAAAAAUUGUGUCAAGAUAAUUUUCACUAUACUCUGAAGCAACUAGACUUGGAGAAAAGGAACCAAUCCAGAUUUGAACCUAAUUAAAAUUCAGAUUUCCCCAAAGAUCUUACCUCAUGAAAGUGAUUUUGGGUCGGAAUUAUUUACUCAGCUAAGAAAAAACAAAAACUGAGUGAUUGGAAAGAACCAGGCAUUUUAUCUGGUAAUGGCACUUGGUGAUAAAGGCUUUCAGAGGCUAUUAUUUCUAGCAUCUAAGUACAGGCCCUAGUGAAAAACUGGGGAGGUUCAACCUCUGAGAACAGGUUCAAGCACCUUUUCCAAAUUUAAAUUUUGUCUUAAAUUCUCUCUACCACACUGCCUUUGACAUUCUUGAAAGUCCUUGUAGUUCUCUAGAGAUAGACUUCAAAAAGAUGUUAUCUUAUCAAAGACUUGUAUGUGCCACCUAUGAUUCAGUGUGUUUUAUGUUUUUCACUUUCCCUGGGAAGGAGUAAAGCCUUUUCUAUAGCUCUGGGUCUAUUAUAUUUAAUUCUGCUCUUCAUAGUCAAAGACCAUGGAAAAUAACUGUCAUCUGAACAAUUCUUUUAGAAGCAAGAGACUGGUGUUUGAUGGAUGUUAUACACUAAAUAAAACCCAUCAGCAUGGGGUUAUGUAGAAAAGCAAUUUAUUCCAUUUUAAGCACUUACACAGUUAGUCAUAGAGAGUAACAGGCCUGCUAGUGAAACAGGUCACCCAAAAUGGAGAUGGCAUCAAACUAGUGGUCAAAGACUAACUCCUAAAAAAAAAAAAAAAGCAACUCUUACCAAGGAUUAAUUUAAUUUUAAAAACAAAUACAAGUUAUUGAUUCACUCUUCUCAACUUGACAGUCUACCUGUGGUAGAAAUGUCAGGUAAAAACAUACAUCUUUACAACUUGGUGGUCCCAAGUUAAAAAAAAAACACAA